CACUUGGGUGUCCCUGCCAGCAUUUCCCAAGCAAGGGGAGGAGUUGUUCUCACGGGUAAAUAGGUGUCCCUGCGCAUGAAAAUCCAGCACUCCGGGCUGGCUGGCGGCUUUGGAAUCCGCUGAGGACGUCCAGCAGCAAAGGCAGAGUUGAAGACAGAGGGAAUGUCGCCCCUCUUGGCUCUGGGGCUCCUGGUGGCUGGGCUCUGCCCCACUGUCCACUGUGUCCCGGGGGGCGUGCUUGACCCCCAGAAUGUCACCCAGGAGGACCUACACAACAAGCCUGUGGACAGCCUCGUGUUAGCCUCCAGCAACACCGACUUCACCCUGAGCCUUUAUAAGGAGUUGGCUUCGAAGACCCCCAAUAAGAAUGUCAUCUUCUCCCCGAUGAGCAUCUCCAUCGCCUUGGCCUUCCUAUCCCUGGGGGCCCAAGGCACCACCCUGACGGAGAUCCUCGAAGGCCUCAAGUUCAACCUCACAGAGACCCCCGAAGCCGAAAUCCACCGGGGUUUCCAGCACCUGCUGCGAACCCUCCGCCGACCCAGCAACGAGCUGCAGCUGAGCGUGGGCAAUGCCAUGUUCGUCGGCGAGCAGCUGAAGCUGCUGGAGAACUUCACGGAAGAUGCCAGGGCACUCUACGCCUCUGAGGCCUUCUCCACCAACUUCCAGGACUCCACUGCUGCCAAGAAGCUCAUUAACGACUACGUGAAGAAUCGCACCCAGGGGAAAAUUGUGGAUUUGGUCAAGGACCUUGACCUGGACACAGCCAUGGUCCUGGUGAAUUACAUCUUCCUGAAAGCCAAAUGGAAGACGCCCUUUGACCCCCGAGAUACUUUCAAGUCCAAGUUCUACGUGAGCAAGAGGAGGUGGGUCAAGGUGCCCAUGAUGAGCCUGGAGGACGUGUGGGCGCCUUACUUCCGAGACAAGGCGCUGGCCUGCACAGUGGUGGAGCUCCCAUAUACCAGUAACGACAGCGCGCUCUUCAUCCUCCCCGAUGAGGGCAGAAUGGAGGCAGUGGAGGCCAUGCUGCUCCCAGAGAUGCUGAGGAGAUGGACAGACUCACUGCAGAUGAGGAGGAUAGACAACCUCUACCUGCCGAAGUUUUCCAUCUCCAGCAGCUAUAAUCUGGAAGAUGUACUUCCCCAGCUGGGCGUGAGGGAAGUCUUCACCAACAAGGCUGACCUGUCGGGAAUCACGGGGGAGAAGAACCUGGCAGUUUCCCAGGUGGUCCACAAGACCCUGCUUGAUGUGGCCGAGGAGGGCACAGAAGCCGCAGCCGCCACAGGAAGUAAAAUUAUGUACUUGUCAGGAAAAAUUGGCCCACUGCUCACUGUGUGCUUCAACAGACCCUUUCUGCUGUCCAUACGCCACAAAGAUACCGAGAGCAUCCUCUUCUGGGGCAAAGUCACCAACCCCCAUCACGCCUAGGGCUCCCCCCCUUUCUAAGGUGCCGGGUCUCUGGGUGCAGCCUGGCCUCUGUGCGCCAAAGAGCCAGAGGCCAGGCCCUGCCUGGCUCAUCCCUUAGAAGGUGACAAUGACUCUGCCUUGUGGCUUCCACCUGCACUGGGAGCCUAGGGACUUUUGAUCAGAGUCUCUGUGACCUCCAGACAGUAAUAAACUCUCUUUCUCAGACUGGA